AUGACAUCACUGGUUUUUAGUGCAACAUUAAUUCUUUGUUAUCAUUAAUUGUUUUUGUUAUCAUUUUAGUUUAACUAUUAAAGAAAGAAAAAAAGAAAAAUGUCCCAUUCCGGCUACACUCAAUUACCCAGUGGCAGUGAUAGUUUCAACCAGCGCCAACAGACAUUGGCAGACAAUACUUAUAAUGUCUUGCAAUCUUCCAGCAUGAGUAUCCAGCGUUCCAAUCAAAUUGCGAUUGAAACCGAAAAUAUGGGGGUGGAGGUUUUGGGCGAGCUGGGUCAACAGCGUGAAUCCCUUCUGCGGACGACCAGACGUUUGGAAGAUGCAGAUCGGGAUCUUUCCAAAUCGAGAGCCAUCAUUCGAAAGCUAAGUCGAGAGGUCGUGUACAAUAAAAUCUUCUUGGUUAUAAUAAUUCUGUUAGAAUUGGGCAUACUUGUCGGUCUGCUAGUGCUUAAAUUUGUUAAAUAAUUAUUACAGAGAGUAUGUAUUUAUGUAUAUAGAAAUUUGUUAAAGGCUUGAUAAUAUUGACUAAAGGUGGACAAAUGAUUAUGUUCGUUUUUAUUAAAACCAUGCCUUAGACAUUUAGAUUAAGUUAUGAUAUUUAGUUAUAAUAAAACACAGCUAAAAAUAGUUCUAGGGAUAUGCCUAAUAACAGUGAUUAUAAUAUAAAUAUCCUUGGCAUAAAA